AUGAGGGUGGCUUUGGAGAUGCUCAAAUACAUCUUAGACUUGGCGCUGAAUCCACUUGGUCGUGCGCCUUCAGCUGGGGAGUGUUCUGGCAAGCUGGAACGGCUUUGUGGCUCAUUGGAGGGCGCCCGCGAGGAGUUGUUGAAGGCUUGGGCCACCUCGAAGACCGCCGGCAGCGAGACCGCCGCGGCCGACGACGAGACCGCGACCGCCUCGUUGCACGCGACCGCCGCCCUGUGCACCUUGCACCCGACAGGUCAAGGCUUUGAUGGUUUGGUCGUGGAGAUGGCGAGUUUUGCCCUCUUUUACUUCCAAUGGCUCAAGGUCGAGGAAAAGGAGGCCGAAUUGCAGGCCUGGCAGAGGCAAGUGGAGGAAGCCCUGAAGGCUAAAAGAUGUCUCACUAACUGCUUCAGCUGGUUCCGCGCUGCAGAUCGCUGCAGUAACUCCUCCCUCGCUGCGGGCUGCUGGGCUGCUCUGGUUCCCGGCUCCACCCGCGCUCCACCCGUGCUGGGCCGGAUCGGCGCCUGAAGGCGUCACGUGCCACGGAUGGAUCUGGGCAGCUGGAUCCGGGCGGGCCGAGCCAGCCCAGCG